CACCAGUAAAUUUGUACAUGCCCGAUUGAAGUUGCCAAAAAAGCUAAGUAGUUGCAUAUGGAGUUUUAAAUUUUUGCAAAGCAAAAAUUCCAGUUUUGAAACAAUGUCGACUCUAUUCCCUAAACUUAGAGAAGCUCCAACUGAUCCCUACUAUGAUGAUCCGAAAAAUAGGACAGUACCUGCGGAUGCCCGAUUUCACAACGCGAAUGCAACUGAAUGGUGUUUUACAUCGUUUGUAGACCAUACCAAGUGCCUUCGACUUUUGGGUGAAAAAUGCGAAUGUUGCCGGCAAUUUGAAAAGAUUUUUAAAGCCAUAUGCCCAAACGCUUGGGUUGAAAGGUGGAAGGAACAAAUCGAGGAAGGAAUUUUCCCAGUGGAUCUACCAGAACCCAAGCAGAAAUAAUUCAAUAUGCUAAGUUCCUGAAAUCGAAGGGCGAGAGCCACUGGUGACACCCAUUCAUAUUAUUCUGUAUUAAAUAUUUCAUUGUG